AUGAAGCAGAUAAAAUUUCUCGAGGCUGUGGUUCACCAGCCAAACUUAACUGCUCAGAGUAGCAGUAAUUUGGUCGCCCUUCCUAUUAAUGGUUCCACCAUCGGAAACAUCAACAUCAGUAUCACAUCAAGCAGUCAAGGGUCAAAUGAUCAAUUCAAAUACAUCUCAAAUCAAGAUAAUACAGUCAACUGUGGUACUCUGCAGCCCCAAAAUGAUGAGACGGCAGAAUGUCAACAGAAACUGAAAGCUGCUCUGAAGAUGAAGUUCAGUCAUUGGCAUGAAGAGAUAUUGAAGGAUGUAAAUAAAACAUCUCUAAAUAAGAUCUACACAGAGCUCUACAUCACUGAAGGAGGAUGUGGAGAAGUCAGUAAAGAGCAUGAAGUGACACAGAUUGAGAUAGCAUUUGAAAUCCAUUUGAAACAGGAGAAACCCAUCCACUGCAAUGACCUCUUUGCUCCACAACCUGGACGAGACUACCGCAUCAGAACUGUGCUCACAAGAGGAAUCGCUGGAAUUGGAAAAACUGUAUCAGUCAAUAAAUUUGCUCUAGACUGGGCAGAGGAGAAGGCAAACACAGACCUAGAGUUUGUAUUUCCUCUUUCUUUUCGAGAGCUGAAUUUGAUGAGGAAGAAAAUCUUCAGCCUAGAGGAGCUUCUCUGUGACUUUUUCCUUGAAAUAAAAGGCAAAAAAAUCUUUACUAAUGACGGAAAGAAAAUGCUUUUCAUUCUGGAUGGUCUAGAUGAGAGUCGCCUCUCUUUGAGCUUCCAGGAAACUGAAAUAAUGUCAGAUGUGACGCAGCAAACCAUGAUUGCUGUAAUUCUUACCAACCUCAUCAGAGGAAAUUUGCUUCCUUUGGCUCUUGUUUGGAUCACAUCUCGCCCCAUAGCUUCCAGUCAGAUCCCUUUAAAACACAUUGACCUGAUUACUGAGGUACGAGGGUUCAACAACCUUCAAAAAGAAGAAUACUUCAUGAAGAACAUUGCUGACGAGAGCUUAGCAAAGCGGGUAAUCGCACAUGUGAAAUCCAGCAGGACUCUCCACAUCAUGUGCCACAUACCAGCCUUCUGCUGGAUGGCAGCAAGUGUUCUUAAGAAGAAGCUGGCAUUGAAAGACAUUAAGGACACACCAAAGACUCUCACACAAAUGUACAUCAAGUUCUUGUACGUGAAUGUGGAAAACAUGAAAAACAGGCUGCCAGAAAGAAGGGAGUCAGAUGCUAAAUGUGUGAGAGAUAAUCUCCUGGCGCUUGGCAAACUGGCUUUCAAGGAACUUGAGAAGGGCCACUUUAACUUCUAUGAGAGAGACCUCAUCUUGAAUGGUAUCGAUGUAACGCAGGCAUCCAUGUUCUCUGGAGUCUACACCCAGAUAUUCAAUCAGGAGAUGACCCUGUGUGAGGAGAAGAUGUUCUGCUUUGUGCAUCUGACCGUUCACGAGUUCUUUGCUGCUUUGUACGUCUUCCUUACUUUCAACAGCGAAAACAUCAAUGUCCUGGUAAAAAAGUCAUCCGCUUCACGACGCUUCCUGUCCAGAGAAUCAUCAGAGCUCAUCCUAUACAAAGCAGCAGUGAAAAAGGCUAUGGGAAGUGAAAAUGGGCAAUUUGACAUCUUUCUGCGCUUCCUUUUGGGCAUGUCUCUGGAGUCCAAUCAGACGCUGCUGAAAAACCUCAUGACUGAGCACAGAACUCAUCAAAGGACAAGAGAUGAAAUUAUCAAAUAUAUUAAGGAGAAAAUCAGAGCCAGCCAUUCGCCAGACAGGUGCCUCAACCUCUUUCACUGUCUGAACGAGCUAAACGAUCACUCUCUUGUAGAGGAGAUUCAGAGCUUCAUCAGCUCAGGCAGCCUAAGUAAAACCAGCCUUUCACCGGGCCAGUGGGCCACUCUGGUCUUUGUGUUACUGACCUCAGAAGAGGAGCUGACAGUGUUUGAACUGAACAAAUACACCAGGUCAGAGGAGGGUCUUCUCAGGCUGCUGCCUGUUGUGAAAACAGCUCGUAUAGCAAAGUUAAAUGCAUGUAACCUCACUGUGGCCUCCUGUAAAAUGCUGUCACAUGGCAUCAGCUCAUCCCAACUUAGAGAGCUGGACCUAAGCAACAACAAUCUGACAGAUACAGGACUAAUAAAACUCUCUGAUGGACUUUGGAAUAGCGCACUGAAGACACUUAGACUGAAGAGCUGCAGCCUAACACAGCACAGCUCUGACAUCCUAGCAUCAAUAUUACGUACUGCUUCUGGUCAGCUGAGAGAGUUGGAUCUCACUGACAAUGAUCUUCAGGAUGACGGAGUUGAAAAGUUAUCUUCUGGUCUUGUGAGUCCUUACUGCAAAUUGGAGAUACUCAUUUUGUCGAUGUGCAGAGUGACAGAAGAGGGCUGCAAUUUCUUAGCUUCUGUGUUGAAGUCAUCUAGCCUGAGAGAGCUUGACCUGACCUAUAAUAACCCAGGAAACUCAAGCCUAAUGGCUCUGCUGGAGGACCCAUGCUGCAGUCUGGAAAAAUUAAGUGUGGAACACUGUGGAGAAUUCUGGAUCCAGCCUGGUCCGAAGAAAUACAGCAUCAAACUGACUCUGGAUUCAAACACAGCACACAGAGAUCUUUCUCUGUCUGAGGGAAACAGGAAAGCAAGACGAUGGGCCAAGCAGUCAUAUCCUGAUCAUCCAGACAGGUUUAACUACUGGAGACAGGUGUUGUGUGAACAGGGACUGAUAGGGCGCUACUACUGGGAGGUAGAGUGGAGUGGAAGAAUAUGUAUAGGAGUGGCCUACAGAGGGAUAUGCAGGACGGGAGAGGGUACUAACUGCUGUUUGGGCAAGAAUGACUCCUCCUGGGUUCUUAGCUGCACUGAAAAUAACUACAGGAUUUGGCACAAUGAUGUGAGCACUGCAGUAAAUGCUACACCCAGCUCCAACACAGUAGGGGUUUACCUGGAUUGGCCAGCAGGUACACUAUCCUUCUACAGCAUCUUCUCUGCCACACGCACCCUCCUCUACACCAUCCACACAACCUUCACUGAGCCUGUAUAUCCUGCAUUUCGCCUUGGUUGGGCGGAUUCCACAUUAGUAAUGUGCGAUAUCAUUGAUUUCCUUUACAAUCCAAUACCAAGUACAGUUUAG